AAUUGAUGGAUGUUUAAUUAAUCCUUACUUCAAAAACAAAAAAAAUUACGAAAAUUGGUUACAAAGAUGAAAAAGAAGGCUGUUCCAUGGCGUUUUACUCUCUUCACCUUCUUGAUUACUUGUAUAAUGGUUGCUGGAGAUUCUUUAGAAACAGACAAAGAAGUACUGCUGAAGCUCAAAUCUUUUCUGCAAGAACAAAAUCGAGUGAAUCAAGGGAGAUAUUCAGAAUGGAAUAGGGAAAACUCUAGUCCAUGUCAAUGGCAUGGAAUCUCAUGUUCUUCUUCUUCUUCUAAUGGCCUAAGAGUCAUUGGCGUAAACCUUUCGGACAGCAAUAUUUCCGGGAAAAUGUUCGAUAAUUUCUCGGCCUUAACUGAAAUCCGACAACUCGAUUUGUCGAAGAACACCAUCGAUGGAGCUAUACCGGACGAGUUGAGCCAAUGCAGAAGCCUUGCAUACCUUAACUUAUCGCAUAAUCUCAUUGAAGGGCAGUUGAACUUAUCAGGUUUGAAUAGUUUAGAGAUACUUGAUUUGUCUACGAAUAGAUUUCAUGGGGAUAUUCAUGUUAAUUUCCCAGGAAGCUGCAGGAGAUUGAUUGUUGCAAACGUUUCAAGUAACAAUUUCACUGGUUUGAUUGACUUCUUUGAUGAAUGCUGGAAUCUGCAGUAUCUGGAUUUGAGUUCCAACAACUUUGUUGGUAAUAUAUGGACUGGAUUUCCCAGGCUUAUCGAGUUUUCAGUUUCUGAAAACUCCGUUUCCGGGCCGAUUCCAGGAUCGAUAUUUCCGAACAACUGCAGUCUGCGGAUGUUAGACCUUUCGGUAAACAAGUUUCAGGGUGAAUUUCCCGGGGAGAUUUCGUAUUGCAAGAACUUGACUGUGUUGAACGUCUACGGAAACGAAUUCACCGGGAAAAUCCCAUCCGAAAUCGGGAUGAUUUCGAGUCUGGAAGGCUUGUUCUUGGGGAACAACAGUUUUUCAAGUGUGAUCCCAGAAACCCUUUUGAAUCUAACAAAUUUGGAGUAUUUAGACUUGAGUAAAAGCAACUUUGGUGGGGAGAUUCAAGAGAUUUUUGGGAGAUUUACACAGUUGAAGUUCCUUGUAUUGCACGGAAAUUCAUACAAAGGAGGGCUGCAUUCUUCAGGGAUUCUCAGAUUACAAAAUUUGUCUGCUUUGGAUCUAAGUUACAACAAUUUCACUGUUCCAUUACCUGUUGAAAUCUCUCAAAUGAAAGGCUUGACUAUCUUGAUGAUGGCUCACAAUCAAUUUACAGGCAAUAUCCCACUUGAAUAUGGUAACUUGCUUCAGUUACAAGCCCUUGAUUUGUCCUUCAACAACCUUUCGGGACUGAUCCCUCGAGAAUUCGGAAAACUGAGCUCUCUGUUAUGGCUGAUGCUUGCAAACAACUCCCUUAAUGGCGAAAUCCCACCUCAAAUAGGCAACUGUUCGAGUUUACUAUGGCUGAACCUUGCCAACAACCAACUCUCUGGAACUAUUCCACCUCAGUUGGUAAGGAUAGGGACGAAUGCUACUUCGACUUUCGAGUUAAACCGGGUACGGUCACGAGACCGGUCGCGAUCCGGUACCGGCGAGUGUGCGUCGAUCAAGCGAUGGAUUCCGGCAGACUACCCUCCUUUCAAUUUUAUGUAUACAAUUCUCACUAGGAAAAAUUGCAGAAGUAUAUGGGAUAAGUUGCUUAAAGGUGUUGGCAUUUUCCCAAUGUGCAGUGCAGGUUCAAUGGUGAGAACAUAUCAAAUCUCGGGCUACGUUCAGCUUAGUGGAAACCGGUUUUCGGGUCCGAUUCCUGCAGAUAUCGGUUUGAUGCAAAAUUUCAGCAUGUUGCAUUUGGGAUUCAAUGGCUUCGAAGGUGAACUGCCUGCAGAAAUUGGCCGGCUUCAACUUUCUGUCCUAAAUAUCACUCGGAACAUGUUUUCUGGAACAAUUCCAGCAGAGAUAGGGAAUGUCAAAUGUUUGCAGAUGUUAGAUUUGUCGUAUAACAACUUUUCUGGCAUGUUUCCAGCAAGUUUGAACAAGUUGUCUGAAUUGACCAAGUUCAACAUUUCAUACAAUCCCUUCAUUUCAGGUGCAGUUCCGACAAUCGGUCAAUUCGCAACGUUCGAGAAAGAGUCCUACCUCGGAGAUCCGCUGCUCCAUGUCCCAGAUUUCAUUGCUAAUCGAACGGAUCACUUGGUAAAAAAUCAUAGGAGGCAUAGAAAAUCUGUCAAGUUGGCUGUGUUUUUGGUGUUAUUAGGCCUAACUCUGGCCUUUCUAGUAUUCGGAAUUCUGUCUCUUUUGGUGUUAUUGGUGAGAAUCCCUGAAGAACCAGCGGGAUCUCUCUUAUGGAAUACGAACUUCCGACACAAUUUGACAUCGAGUUCUGGCGGUUCAUCGCCAUUGUUCUCAGACACUGUCAAGGUCAUCCGUUUAGACAAAACAGCAUUCACUCACGCGGAUAUUUUGAGGGCUACGGAUAAUUUUUCGGAGGAUAGGGUUCUAGGGAAGGGGGGAUACGGAACUGUGUACCGCGGAGUAUUGCCGGAUGGGAGAGAAGUAGCAGUCAAAAAGCUACAAAGAGAAGGGAUAGAGGGCGAAAGGGAGUUUCGGGCAGAGAUGGAGGUUCUUCGACAAAACGGCUUCGGUUGGCCGCACCCUAACCUUGUACCACUUUAUGGUUGGUGCCUUGAUGGUUUAAAGAAGAUACUGGUUUAUGAGUACAUGGAAGGCGGAAGCCUCGAAGACGUUAUAACAGAUCAAGUGCGGUUAACAUGGCGGAGACGGAUCGACAUGGCGGUCGAUAUUGCACGGGCAUUAGUGUUUCUACACCAUGAAUGCUACCCUGCAAUUGUGCACAGGGAUGUUAAGGCCAGCAAUGUAUUGCUAGAUAAAUACGGGAGGGCAAGAGUCACGGAUUUCGGGCUAGCGAGAGUUGUCGAUGUCGGAGACAGCCACGUGAGCACGACAGUCGCAGGAACCAUCGGUUACGUAGCACCAGAAUACGGGCAUACUUGGCAAGCUACGACGAAAGGUGAUGUUUACAGUUACGGGGUAUUAGUAAUGGAGCUCGCAACCGGGCGGCGAGCUGUGGACGGAGCAGAAGAAUGCUUGGUCGAAUGGGCGAGACGCAUCAUGGGCAAUGGAGAAAACGGAUUAGUCCAAGCCAUAAUACCGGUGGCGCUUGAUGGUUCAGGGCCAACCGAGGGUGCCGUCGAGAUGUGCGAGCUGCUUCAGAUUGCCGUCAGAUGCAUUGCCGAAACACCACAAGCUAGACCAAACAUGAAAGAAGUGUUGGACAUGCUAAUUAGAAUAACAAACAGUGAGACAGAUUUUACGGUUAGAAUGUCAAAUAGUUAUCAGAUUACAGAGGUUUACCACACUUGA